UAAAAUUGGUUUCGUACAUCCAAGAGCGAUUUCAUCUGAUUUUUAAUGUUACAAAUAUUAUAAUUCCAAAGUUUCCUUCUGUCCUACUCACUGCUAGUUGAAUACCACUGCAACAAGCUAUAGACAACCAACCGAGCGGAUGCUGUUUCCAUUACCACCAGCCAGCCAUGCCGGCCUUGCUGACACAUCCGUAGCUUACUUGCUGCUAGGCAAUUUCCAGCAUGGAUGGCCUCAUUUCAUUACGCUCGAAGAAAUCGACGCAUCGGCUUUGGUCCCUAUCGUUAUAGAACCCACUGCACUGGUCAGGCCACUGUACGCCUCCCUGUACCGAAAAAUUUGCAGUUUUCGUCAGAUGCAUCAUUGGACACUGUUACCGUACCGUGUACGGGCCAUUGGCCACACCAAGGAACCACAUCGCCAUUACCACCAUCCCGAUGAUGAUGAUGAUGCUACUGCUGGUAAAUGAUGAUGAUCAUCAUGCUCGUCGUAUCCAUUGGCCCAGGCGAAUGUCGUUUACGAUGUCUCGCUUCUUGCCGAAACCAAGGCUACACCACAUCACCGCUUCAUAAUUGAGAGUCCAGUUUGUGGUUUGGCAGGUUUGGGCUCCAUCAGGACAAUGGCUACCACCGCGGUAUUUGAGCAGGGUCGUUUGUGCUUUUAAUUCAGAAUAGAGAGUCCUUUUCGUACAGAAAUUAAGCCCCAGCACUUCCAGUCAUCAGUUGUGCUCCUUGUCAUUUCAAAAACAUUCAAUAUUUGUUGGCUUUUAGCUUAUCAUGUGAAAAUUGAACUAUUCUUACAAGCGCAGAAAAGUAAUUAUUUAGUUCAACGAUUUCGCUUAUCUUGCUACCUCUCAACUGCAUCUGUAAUCUCAAUGAAAUAAUCGAUCCAAGCCGUACAAAAUGCAUUCACGUGUAACAUAAACAUACUGCUCCUUACGAAAGGCCAAUGAUCGGCAGACUCACCGUUUCUUGAAUGGUGAAAAUGGUGUCACAAACCAGGAUCGGGAUGUAACCCAACAGACCUAUGCCUGUGCACAAGGCGAUCUUCCAGAAGGUGAUCACCAGGUAGAUGACAAACCAGAUGCAACCUCGAUUACGUUGUUACCAUCUGUUGUGGGGCGUCUUAUCGCUCGUUCGCUCGCGCGGUUCGAAAGCGAACACUGAACUGAUCGAGCGCUUAUCACAUCGCGAACGAAAGGAUGCUGUGAUUCAGUGCUGAUGGUAGCAAAAAAAUCAAUCAAGAAGCAACCACUCGAUUUCAAAUAUAAACCCCUGUGACGGCCACAAACGGUAUCACUUCUCGUUUCGGUUUCAACGAGAGGAGGAGAAGACACAUUCGGAACAGCUGUUGGAUCCUUGAAGGCAAAAUGCUAGCGAAACUACUUCUUCUCGCUUUGGCGGGCCUGACUGUUGCCUACCAAUACGAGAACUCGUUCAAGGGCUACAAGAACGGCUACGAUGCCGGCUAUAAGGGCUACGAUGCUGGCUACAAAGGCUACGGUUACGAUGCUGAAUACAAAGGCAACAAGGGCUACGGCUACGACGCUGGCUACAAAUACAACAACGCCGGCUACAGCUACAAGAGCGGAUUCGAAUACGGAUACCAGAACGCCUACCAGGCUGCGUUCUACAAGUACCGUCAGAACAUGACUGACUUCGAGUUCAGCGCUUGGAAGCCAAACUACGAAUACAUCUACAAUGUGACGUCUGUCACCAGGACUGCUCUGGCUGAGCUGGACGAUCAGUGGACUGGUGUCUUCACCCGUGCCUACCUGGUCAUCCGUCCCAAGAGCCGUGACUACGUUGUUGCCUACGUCAAGCAGCCGGAAUACGCCGUCUUCAACGAACGCCUGCCUUACGGAUAUGGAGAAUCUUACUACCACGAGAAUUUCAAAUUCCAGCCAAUGCCAAUGACCAGCAAGCCAUUCGGAAUCCGUUACCACAAGGGAGCCAUCAAGGGUCUCUACGUCGAAAAAACCAUCCCCAACAAUGAAGUCAACAUCCUGAAGGCUUGGAUCAGCCAGCUUCAGGUCGACACUCGUGGAGCCAACCUGAUGCACUCAAGCAAACCUGUCCAUCCUUCCAAGGAUGAAUGGAACGGUCACUACAAGGUUAUGGAGCCUCUGGUUACCGGAGAAUGCGAAACCCACUACGAUGUCAACUUGGUGCCAGCUUACAUGGUCCAGGCUCACAAAUACUGGUACCCACAGGGUCAGUUCCGUGGUGAAGAUGGCCAGUACAUUCAGGUCACCAAGACCCAGAACUUUGACCGUUGUGAUCAGCGCAUGGGUUACCACUUUGGAUUCACCGGAUACAGCGACUUCAAGCCCAACACCAACCAAAUGGGAAAUGUUGCCUCCAAGUCCCUGGUUUCGUACAUGUAUUUGACCGGAAACUGGUACAACUUCACCAUCCAAUCGUCCAGCAUGAUCAACAAGGUUGCCAUCGCUCCUUCUUUCGUGAACAAAGAACCUGCUCUGGUGUACGCUCAGGUUAACAUGACCCUCAACGAUGUCCACCCAUACGACAAGGUCCCAAUGGGCCCAGCCGAAGAUCUGAAGGUGUUCGUCGAUCUGGUCUACAGCUACAACAUGCCAAGCGAUAAGAAGAACAUGGUUCGCCCAGGCAACGAAACCGAAUCCUCAUCGUCCUCCUCUUCUUCGUCGUCCUCGUCAUCAUCUGAAUCCAGCUCGUCCAGCUCUGAAUCUCAGGAAAACCCUAAGAUCAGUCCCGUUGAACAGUACAAGCCUCUGCUGGAUCAAGUUGAGAAACGUGGAAACCGCAACCGUCGUGAUCUGAAUGCCAUCAAGGAAAAGAAGUACUACGAAGCUUACAAAAUGGACCAAUACCGCCUGCACCGUAAGAACGAUACCUCAUCCGACUCCAGCAGCUCCGACGAUUCCUCGUCAUCUAGCUCCUCGGAAUCUCGUGAGCACCGCAACGGAACUUCUUCGGACUCCAGCUCAUCGUCAUCGUCUUCCUCAUCCUCCUCUUCCUCUUCCGAAUCUUCUUACUCUUCCUCUUCGUCCUCAUCCUCGGAAUCCUACUCCAUGAGCAGCGAAGAGUACUACUACCAACCAACCCCGGCCAACUUCAGCUACGCUCCGGAAGCUCCAUUCCUGCCAUUCUUCACCGGAUACAAGGGAUACAACAUCUUCUUCGCUCGCAACGUCGACGCCCAACGUUCCGUCGGUAAACUUGUCGAAGAAAUCGCCACCGACCUGCAGAACCCAUCCACCUUGCCCAAGGCCAACACCAUGAGCAAGUUCAACAUCCUGACUCGUGCCAUCCGUGCCAUGAACUACGAUGAUAUGUACGAACUGGCCCAGAAAUACUUUGUUUCGCAAAAGGAACGCCAAGCCGCCCAGUUCUCCGACAAGAAGUUCAGCAAGCGUUGCGACGCCUGGGUUACCUUCCGUGAUGCUGUUGCUGAAGCCGGAACCCCAUCCGCUUUCAAGCUGAUCUUUAACUUCAUCAAGGAAAAGAAACUUCGCGGUUAUGAAGCUGCCACCGUGAUCGCUUCCAUGGCCCAGUCUAUCCGCUUCCCAACUGAACACCUCCUGCACGAGUUCUUCCUGCUGGUUACCAGCGAUGUCGUUCUGCACCAGGAAUAUCUGAAUGCUACUGCCCUGUUCGCUUACUCGAACUUCGUCAACCAGGCUCACGUUAGCAACCGCUCUGCUUACAACUACUACCCAGUAUUCAGCUUUGGUCGUUUGGCUGAUGCCGACUACAAGAUCAUCGAACAUAAGAUCGUCCCAUGGUUUGCUCAUCAACUCCGUGAAGCCGUUAACAACGAAGACAGUGUUAGGAUCCAGGUCUACAUCCGUUCCCUUGGAAACCUGGGACACCCACUCAUCCUGUCCGUCUUCGAGCCUUACCUGGAAGGUAAGAUUCAAAUCACUGACUUCCAGCGCCUGGCCAUUAUGGUUGCUUUGGAUAAUUUGGUUGUCUACUACCCAAGCCUGGCCCGAUCGGUGUUGUACCGUGCCUACCAGAACACUGGCGAUGUCCAUGAAAUCCGUUGUGCUGCCGUCCACUUGUUGAUGCGCACUGAUCCUCCAGCUGAUAUGCUCCAACGUAUGGCUGACUUCACCCACCACGAUCCAAGCAUGUACGUCCGCGCUGCCGUCAAGUCCGCUAUCGAAACUGCUGCUUUGGCUGACGAAUACGAUGACUACAGCGAGUUGGCCGUCAACGCCAAGGCUGCUGUCAGCUUCCUGAACCCAGAAGAUGUUAGCAUCAAGUACUCGUUCAACCACAUCCGCGACUACGCUAUGGAGAACCUUGAGCUGUCCUACCGUCUGCACUAUGGAGAAAUCGCCUCUGGAGACCACCGUUACCCCAGUGGAAUGUUCUACCACUUGCGUCAGAACUACGGAGGAUACAAGAAAUACACCUCGUUCUACUACCUGGUCUCGAGCAUGGAAGCCUUCUUCGAUAUUUUCGAGAAGCAGUACAACACCAAGUACUUUGCUGAUUACUACAAAUCGGCUGAUUAUAGCACAAACUUCUACAACUUCGACAAAUACGCCAAGUACUACAAGCAAUACUACUACAACAAGGACAACGAAUACUACCAGAAGUACUACGGACAGAAGAAGGACUUCUACAACGAUAAGGAGCCAUUCAAGUUCACUGCCCCUCGCAUUGCCAAGCUGUUGAACAUCGAUGCGGAAGAAGCUGAGCAAUUGGAAGGACAACUGUUGUUCAAGCUGUUCAAUGGAUACUUCUUCACCGCUUUCGAUAACCAGACCAUUGAAAACCUCCCACGCAAGGUUCGUCAUCUGUUUGAAGAUUUGGAAGAUGGUUACGCUUUCGACUUCACCAAAUUCUACCAGGAGAAGGAUGUUGUUCUCGCCUGGCCGUUGGCUACUGGAUUCCCCUUCAUCUACACUCUGAAGACUCCAACUGUUUUCAAAUUCGAGUUCGAUGCUUCUGCCAAGACUCACCCGCAAGUGUACAAGCAACCAGCUGGUCACCCAGAAAAUGAGAAUGAUGAUUUCUUCUACAUGCCACAAACCAUGAACGGAUCGGUUGAUGUGAACCUGCUGUACCACCGUAUGGUCGAUGCCAAGGUUGGAUUCGUCACUCCAUUCGACCACCAACGUUACAUUGCUGGUUACCAGAAGAAGCUGCACGGCUAUCUGCCCUUCAACGUUGAAUUGGGAUUGGACUUCUUCAAGGAUGAGUAUGAAUUCGAGUUCAGAUUCCUGGAACCCAAGGAAGACCAUCUGAUGUUCCACAUGAGCUCGUGGCCAUACACUGGAUACAAGGACAUUACCGAUAUGCGCCCAAUUGCUGAAAAUCCAAAUGCCAAGAUUGUGCACGAUGAUGAUCAGUCUACCAAGACCCUGGAACACACUUUCGGUCAGGAUAUGACUGGUGUUGCUCUGCGAUUCUACGGAAAAUACGAUUUUGACUUCAUGAACUUCCAGCAGUUCUUCAGCAUGUUCAAGAAGCACGAUUUCGUUUCUGCUUUCGCCUAUCCAUUCGCUUACCAGCCAUACGAAUACCAUCAGUUCAACCUGUACUACGAUGCUCAACGCUCUCACGCCAAAUCGUUCAAAUUCUUCGCUUACCAGAAGUUCGGUGCCCCAUCCUUCGAAGAAACUGGACCCAAGCACCCAGCCAACCGUCACUCGUACUCUGGAAACUACUACGAAUCGAACUACGCUCAACCCUUCGUCUACAGCCCAGGAAGCCAACGUCGCUAUGAGCAGUUCUUCCGUAAUGCUGCUUCCGGUAUCAGAAAUAGCUUCGUUCGUUACUACGACUUCGGAUUUGAGUUCUACGCCCCACAGUACAAGAGUGAAUUCACCUUCACCACCGCUUUCGCCGAUAGCCCAGUUGACAAGACUUCUCGCCAGCUGUACUACUUCUACGCCAGCCCAAUGUUCCCGAGCCAAUCGUUCUUCAAGGAUAUUCCAUUCAGCGGAAAGCAGUUCCAGUUCUGCGCCACUGCCACCAGUGAAUUCCCACGUGUUCCAUACCUGAAGUUCUCGGACUUUGAAAAAUACUACGGAGAUGCCAGCCAGUACUUCGACUUCCUGUAUGGUGAAUCGUGCCAGGGUGGAGCCCACAUCUCGGUCAAGGGUAAACAGAAGCAGACUGGUAUGUACCGUGAUUACUUGUACUUCUCCGAUGUUGCCAAGAAGUGCAAGGAACAGAUGGCUAAUGGAUACUACCAAUUCGAGGAAUGCCAGCAGGCUAUUGACCAGGCUUACUACUACGACUUCUACGAUUACAACUUCGAAUACAAGGAUGUUGGCGCCGUUGCCAAGAACCUCACCAACAAGUUCUACAACUACUUCCAGUACGCUUUCUACCCGUACUUCGAGUCGAACUUCUUCUACCACGGAAAGCCAAACCAGUUCAAGGCUGAAUUCGCCUUCGCUCCUUAUGCCGAUUACUACAACGCUUCAUUCUACGGAUCCAGCUAUGCCUUCCAGGUCAAGAACUACCCGAUCGCCAACGACUACUCGACUUACUUCCCGUACUUCUUCAAGUACACUUUCUUCCCUCGCUACCAGCCGUACUUCCUGCACCGUCUGCCAUCGCACAAGCACCGCGACCGUUCUUACUACGAACUCUCCAACUAUGAACAGUUCGCCAUCUUUGAUCGCAAGCCACAGUAUCCUUCUUGCUCAUUCUCCGCCGAUUACUUCUACACCUUCGACAACAAGAAGUACUUCUACGACAUGGGAGAAUGCUGGCAUGCAGUGAUGUACUCUGUGAAGCCUGACUACGACUUCUACGCUCAGCAAUCCCACUUCUACAACUCUGACUUUGAGUACAAGUACAAGAACGGAUUUGAUGAGUACGAGCAGUUCGCUGCUCUGGCUCGCCGUGGAUCGGACAACCAGCUGUUCUUCAAGUUCUACUUCGGAGACAACUACAUUGAGAUCUUCCCCAACAACGGAGAUGUUCCAUACGUGAAGUUCAACGGACGCCCAUACGAUAUCAGCAAGUACAACAUCGCUCACUUCGAGUACAAGGAAGGCUACCCAAGCUUCCCCUUCUUCUACGCCUUUGCCUACCCGAACAAGGACUUGGAAGUCAGCUUCUUCGGAGGAAAGCUGAAGUUCGCUACCGAUGGAUUCCGCGCUCGCUUCUUCUCGGACUACUCGUUCUACAACAACUUCGUCGGUCUGUGUGGAACCAACAACGGAGAAUACUUCGAUGAAUUCGUCACUCCUGAUCAGUGCUACUUUAGCAAGCCUGAAUUCUUCGCCGCUUCUUACGCCAUCACCGGCCAGAACUGCAGCGGACCAGCCAAGGCCUUUAACUACGCCUACCACCAGAAGGCCAAGCAGGAAUGUGUCAAACGUGAAGUCUACUAUGGAGACAUCAUCUACAACCAGGAGUACUACCACCCGCGUUACCGCUACUACAACCACAACGUCGAGGAAUCCUCCAGCUCUUCUUCAUCUAGCUCUUCGUCCGAUUCUUCGUCUUCGUCCUCGUCUUCUUCGGAAUCCAAGUCGCGUUCUCGUUCUAGCAGCUCGUCCAGCAGCUCCAGCUCCGAGGAACAGAAGGAAUACCACCCACACAAGCAGGAGCACACUCUGAAGGAAUGCCCGGUUCAGCACCAGCACCAGUUCUUCGAACAGGGCGAUCGCAUCUGCUUCUCCCUGCGCCCUCUGCCAGUGUGCCACUCCAAGUGCGUUGCCACCGAUAAGAUCAGCAAGUACUUCGAUGUCCACUGCUUCGAAAAGGACUCCGUCCAGGCUAAGAAGUACAAGUCUGACAUUGGCCGCGGCUUCAACCCGGACUUCAAGAGCUACGCCCCGCAUAAGACCUACAAGUUCAACUACCCGAAGAGCUGUGUCUACAAGGCUUACUAGGUGAUCUGAAUCUUGCGCAAAUCCCCCUUCCUUUUUAUGACGAACCAAUGAACUAGAAUAAUAAAUUUUCAAGCAAAUUUUAAA